AUGGCAGACGAUAUACCGCAUGAUGGAACUCCUCUAGAGGUAGAGUUUGAAGAAGAGUUUGAUUCUGAGGACGAGCCGGAGCCAUUACCACUGAGGGGUGAGUCCCGCGCCUUCAGGGGCUACGGUGCUACGACUGUACGGGACUGGUAUGACGAGCUCCCUGCAGGAGUACGCCAUAUCGUCGACGUGGUUUUGAAGGUGUUCCCAUAUCCAAUAACUAUAACCACCGUUCAGUUUGCCGUUGGGACUAUACUUGUUCUUUUCAUGUGGACAUGUAAUCUCUACAGACGGCCAAAAAUUAGUGGUGCACAGCUUGUAGCAAUUCUCCCAUUGGCAGUGGUGCACACCUCAGGCAACCUUUUCACAAACAUGAGUCUUGGAAAAGUUGCUGUUUCAUUCACUCACACAAUUAAAGCCAUGGAGCCCUUCUUCUCAGUUGUCCUCUCUGCUAUGUUUUUAGGGGAGAUACCCACCUUGUGGGUGGUUGCUUCUCUGUUACCAAUUGUUGGUGGAGUGGGACUGACGUCAAUGACAGAGGCAUCUUUUAAUUGUUGGGAGUUGAAGCCUGAGGUUGAUUCUGUCAGCAAGAAUGGUAGUGUUGAGUAUGUUGAGUCUGUGAAGAAAUCACAUGGUGGACGAAUGUCUCAUGAUGGUGGGAGGUCCAGCAAUAGCAGCAGCGGUUCAAAGCUUCUCUCUCUCUCUCUCUCUCUCUCUCUCUCUACAGUUUUCCGUGAGAGAAGCCGCUGCGCUAACCAGAAUAACAAAGACAAUAUAUAUCGGGAUGCACUUGCAGCCAGCACCAAGGACGAAGCACUAGCAGUGACACAGUAUGGGUCGUUCCAACAGCAAUACAGCAAUGGGUUGCAGACAAUAUAA